GCUCAGCAUCCCGGAAGUUCAGCAUCAUUUUGCUCUUUCAGGAAGAGACGCAUCAUCGUCAGAGCUUUGACAACAACGGGGACAGUGGCAAAAACAUCGGCUUGUCCAGAGAAAACUCCACCUUUUUCGCAAGUGGAAUUCAUAUGAAAAGGACAAAUGAAGUGACCAACAGGACACAAUGUCAUCGUUCCAGGUGGUGGACUCAUCGCCGGGCAGCAGCGUCAGCGUUAUGGAAACGUCCAACUUUGCCCACGUCAUCUUUCAGAAUGUGGGGAAGAGUUUCCUGCCCCAGGCACCCCUGGAGUGUCGCUACACCCUGACCCCUUACAUCGCUCCCCACCCCAAAGACUGGGUGGGCAUCUUCAAGGUGGGAUGGAACACAGCCAGAGAUUACUACACUUUCCUUUGGUCUCCCAUGCCUGAAAACUAUGAACCGGGAAGUACUGUGCACAGGACUGUGGUGUUUCAAGGUUAUUAUGUUCCUAAAUCUGACGGAGAGUUCUACCAGUUUUGUUAUGUGACACACACUGGUGACAUCAGAGGAGCCAGCACGCCCUUCCAGUUCAGGUCAGCCACUCCCACCGAAGAGCUGCUGACUGUUACAGAGGACGACAGCAACUCAGACAUACUGGUCGUCACCACCAAGACUGGCCUGUUAGAGCAUGUGGAGGAGGCUCAGCAGGAGCGCCAUGAGCUGCUGAAAGCCAUGCGUCUCCUCCAGGAGGAGAAACAGCAGCUGCAGGAGGAGCAGAAGCGGCUGGCCAGGGAGAGGGAGCAGGAGAGGGACACGUGCUGCCUGCUGCGGACACACAACCAGGAGCUGCUGCGCUCAUCUCAGGGCCUGUCAGAGGAGAGGGAGGAGGUUAGGAGGAGGCUGACAGAGGCCACAGACCGGGUCCGCCAGCUGGAGGAGGACCUGCUGGGAGUCACCCAGAGAGGCCUGCAAAAGGAGACAGAGCUCGACUGUCUGCGUGACCGUCUGAAGAAGCUGACAGCAGAGAGAGACAACCUGGAGAGCCAGCUGAAGAACGAGAAGGAUGAGAGAGACCUCUACAAGAACCACCUGCGCAGCACCGAGCUGGAGAACACAAAGCUGAGUGCAGAGCUGCAGAUGCUGAAGGCGGUGGAGCUGAACAGGGAGGUGACCAUUGCCCAGUUCCAGGAGGAGCUGGACAGGCUCCGGGCCUGCGUUGCCCAGCGGGACAGCCUGGAGAAAGAGCUGCUGGCACACAAGGCUGACAAGGCAGAGCUGGCCCGUGUGCGUGAGCACCUCCGUCAGGCAGAGGAGCAACUUCAGGCGUGCAGGCAGCAGGCCUCCCUGCUGGCCUCGGAGCUCCGCGAUUCAGCCAGCGCCCGCGACCACACGAUGACCGAGCUGUACCGCGCCCGUUUGGAAGCUGACAAGCUCCGUGCAAGUCUUGCUGAUGCUCAGGCCGAGUGCCAACGCAUGGAGAGCCAGCUAGACCGCAUGAGGAGCACUGCACAGAAGGAAGUGGGUGUUGGAACAAGUGGGGAGUUGACAGCCAGCAUGAUGGUGGUGUCAGAGGCAGAGGCCGAACUGCAGAGGGAGGUGGAGGAGCUGAAGCUGCGUCUUCACAUGGCUGCUGAGCAUUACAAGGAGAAGUACCGGGAGUGUCAGCGCCUCCGCAGGCAGGUGGCCAAGCUGAACACAAGUGAGACACAGGGGGAGCCAAAGAGAAAUGCAUCCACCGAGACAACGCAGGAGCCACUGACCCCGAGUCCAGAGUCACCAACAGCAGGUAAUAUAGCAAUUGCAGUCCUACAAGACGCUGCUGAGAUGACUAUCAGUACAGCACUUAAUAACAGGGAGUCCACACAUACUGAUGCACACAUCAGCACAGAGAAGGAAGGAAUGCAAAGAGAGAGAAGUCCAAAGGAGAGGGCCGAGGUGAAGGCUGAAGGAGAAGCAAACCAAGGAGAGGACAGAGAGAAAGAUAAAGAGGAGAAGAAGGACAGCCUGACGGAUGAGAGCCUGAGGAUGGCGAGCUGGGUGGAGGUGGACAACGAGAGUUCGACUGCUGAAGAGAACAGCAAGGUGGAGAUGGCAGGGAAGGCUGAGGAAGUGAGGGGUGUCAUGGCGGAGCAGGUGCUGCUGGAGGCGCAGGGCAGGAGCAUGGGGGAGGCCGAGAAGGAACAGACCCUCUCGGUGGAGGAGGAGCUGGCGAUGAUGGAGGAGAAGUGGAGGGAGCAGUGUGCAAUCAACGAGACGCUCAAACAGCGGCUGGCCAACGAGGAGGAGCGAUUCAGAGUGCAGAUGGCAGAGCGAGCCAGUGAGGUGACGGAGCUGAAACGCAACCUCACCCAGGCCCUCAGAGACAAGGAGCAACUGCAGGAAGAGCUGCAGCGCUACGUGUCCAGACAGAGGGAGCAGGAAGCUGGUGUCCAGGGUGCUGAGAUGAGGCAGCCGAUGGUGCUACGCUACCCCCUGCCAUACCCUCAGGACCCCUCUCCGCCACCGCUGGUGCCACAGAGGCCCGCUGAGUUGCAGUAUGGCAAUCCCUACUCCAUUGACACCACAAGAGACCGGGUAGAUGUUGCGCUGUCCCCUGAGCACAUGACCCGUCCUCCACCUGAGGCCCCACCCUGCACUGCUCCCUGCGCACCCCCAAUCACACCCCCGAGUCCGGGCCCCGGGACACCAGGCUGGGACCGAGAGGUGGUCUGUAUCCAGCCCUCCCGCACGACGAGCCCCCCCGAAAGCCUGGAGCAUCCACCGGAGGAGCCACGAAAUGCUGCUGAUGGGGCUCAGCCAUCCUGCGAUCAUCAGUCCAGUAGAGGUAGUGAAACCAGGAGCAGCUUCUGCUUUGACUCCAGGAGUGGCGUUCACAAGCGUUGCCCGUUAUGCGAGGUGAUCUUCCCGCCCCACUUUGAGCAGCGCAGCUUCGAGCAGCACGUGGAAAGCCACUGGAAGGUCUGCCCCGUCUGCUCCGAGCAGUUCCCGCUCAACUGCCAGCAGCAGCUCUUCGAGAGGCACGUCCUCACGCACUUUGACGGCCACGUGCUCAACUUUGAGCAGGUUGAAUAAAGGGUGUAGAGGGCCUAGAAAUAUGGGUAUGGAAAUUAUGGGUAAAUGUGUGUUAGUUCAUUUUGAUCGGGGUUCAGAUAAGUUGUCUCGUUAAUAUACAAUCAUUAGCACUUUUUUUGCGAUCUUAACAAAAGUUAUAAAGAAUGUAGUGCACUUCUGAAAGUUUGAGAGUUUGUCCUUUGGCGGCUACUCCACCAAGGUGUUUAUUAAGUAGGGUAGCUUUCACCUUAAUACACAUUGGGUAAAAGGAUCAUUUACACUCUGGAAUAGUGCCACGGUCCUUUCCUUUUCUAUCAUUUUUAUGCUCAUUUUUAUGCUUCAAGGGACUAAAGCACCAUCAAUAGUGCAUGCAUUUAUUAUGUGUUCAAAAGUACAAAAGUACAGCUGUUCAAGCUUAAAAGAGUUAAUUUUAGCAGGAUCUUAUACCAGGGCUUUGAAGAAGAAACAUUUUAGUAUGUUGACGAUGUCCCUGUUCUCUAACUACCCUGAACACUUGUAAAAAAAGCAGCCAAGAAAUCUUUUAAUCAUCUUUCAAUUGUCCACGUGAAUCAAAGUUUAGAAAGGCAGAAGAGAUAAGAACAUGAAACUUUUGUGUAAAUGCAGAGUGAUAUCUGAAUGUGAUGUCUAAGAGAGUCAUCUUAGUGUGUAUAUUUCAUUGAAGAAUGAUGUGGUGGAGAUUCUUCUGACAGGAAUGGGAAGCGGUCUUUGAUUUCUCCCUACGUAUGACAGUGUUUUGCAAAGACGUUCGAUGGAUUUAACAAAAACAGCACUACACUUUCAUGUAUCUGCACUAAAUAAGGCUUUAUUCUGAAUGUACUGUACAUAUGAAAAUAAGUAUUAGUUGUGGAGAGACCUGUGAAUUUUUGUCGUGACCCUGUCUCCUCUCAUUGUUACUUCUCUCCUGUUUUAAUGGUAAAAGAGUGACAGAACAAUGAUGUUUUACUUUGGUCAGUCGGUAAGAGGCCGAGCUGGCCUCUUUAUUGGAGAUACUGUUUUCACCAAAUAGAUGGCAGGACACUAACUUCAUUGCUUUAGGUGCAGGUCCACAUCAUGAGUGAGUGUCAUUUAUAUGUCUGUCUCUAUACCACCGCUUGUCUAUUUUCUGUCACAAGUGACCCCUGACAGUGUUGUAUUCAGGCUUUUUGCACAUGCCCAGUGAUCACAAGGCAAACGUGUGUAUGUCAUAUGUCCAAUGCAGCCCAUUUUCAUGUGAGAAUGUUAGGACAGCGUUGUAAGUGUGUACUGCAAAGAUCUUUAUGAAUAAACUCAGCUUGUCUAAAUGCA